AUGUCGGAGCAAUGGGAUGCACUCGUUGCGCGCGCCAACGCAAAGAGAGAAGCCCAAACGAUCAAGCCUGGCGAACUGCUCGGCCUCGACCGCCCGAUCAGUGGCUAUCCAGAGCACAGUUUCCCCGAGGUCGACGGCUCGCGACCGAGAUUCCCCAAUGCGAUCCAGGACUGGAAUGGUACGCCGUUGACUUUGCGGGAGAGGAGUAUGAUUGCUUUCAUGAAUGAGAUCACCGACAAGCCGGAGUGGACGAGGAAGGUGAAUGAUGAGGAGAUUGUGGGCAAGUGGCGGAAGGAGAGGGAGGAUAAGGAGAAAGAGACUGAGCCGGAGAGGGCGUUGACUGAGAAGAUGUUCGAUUACUGUCUUCUCGAGCUUCGCGAUUAUGCCGAGUUCCUGGACGAGAAUGGCUUCGUACCCGCCAUUGAUGCCGAGGCUGCAGUGUACAAAUCCGACACCAUCAUCCCAGACGCAGUGAAAGACGAGCUCAAAGCGGCAGCUGCACCGCUUGAGGACGUCCCAGCAAAAGACAAGGACUGGCACCCGGGCUCAGACGAUAAGGUGCUGGACCUCGUGCAUCCAUCGCUCUUCCCUCUCCUUUAUGGCCGCAGCAGGAUCCUGAAAGAUGGGAGCGUCACCCUCGAGGACUGCGAGAAGUUCACCGGCAAGGGCGAGAUCAUGCCAGUUCCCGAUGAUAAGCAUCUUGAGGUCACUUCAUUCCCCGGUCUCAGCAAUUGGGGUGGGCGUUUCGCAGGGGGAAAGCAGCACUUCUUCUCCAAGAAGUUUCAGUGGCUUCCAUGCGAAGUCAAGUUCGGCGAAGACGAGUCUUGCAAGAUCAGCAGCUACAUCAACAACCUGCACCCCAAGCAACACAAGCCCCUGUAUGAAGCCAUCGAGAAGGUCAUUGCCAAGACCAUACCGAUGUGGAAUAAGACGUUGACUUCCACGGAGCGCAUGAACUACCCGUCUCGCAUCGAUAGCGACAAUGCGUACUGGAUUGACCACGACGCCGAGCAAGACUCAAAGGAUGACGAUGACGAGGAUGAAGACGAGGACGAGGACGAGGAUGAUGAAGAUGAAGAUGAACGACACCGGAAUCGUACCCUUGUCAUGCCAGAGCCCGACGAUUACGCCGUCCGGAAAGACUACACGUAUCCAGACUGGAAUCCCGCUCCUAGUGUCGUAGACUUGCGCAAGAAUUGGGCAAAGCAAGGUCUGCAAGUCAUUGUCAAACUCGCCAACAUCCACCUCACGCCAGAGAAGCCAACGUAUGACGGCGGCUCAUGGCACGUCGAAGGCCAACUAAACGACCACAUCUGCGCCUCAGCCCUCUACUACUACUCCACCCACAACAUCACCCCCUCGCACCUCUCCUUCCGCGAAGCCAUCUCCGUCGAAUACCUCUCCGACAAAUCCUACGAACAAGACGACCACGAGCACUUCGAGCGUCUCUAUGACAUCCAACAGCACGGUCCCGCGAUUCAAACCCUCGGCCGGAUCUCCACCCCAGAGAACCGCCUCCUCACCUUCCCCAACAUCCUCCAGCACCAAGUCGCUCCCUUCCAACUCGCCGACCCAACUCAACCCGGCCAUCGCAAGAUUCUCGCGCUCUUCCUCGUCGAUCCACAUACUCGCAUUCCAUCCAGUGCGCACGUCCCGCCGCAGCAGAAGGCGUGGUGGAGGGAGAUGGUUCAAUCGCUGGAUCGGGUGGGGGAUUUGCCGCCUGAGUUGGCAGAUGCGGUGGUCGACUCAGCGGGAGAUUUCCCUAUUGAGUUGGAGGAGGCGAAGAAGAUUCGAGAGGAAUUGAUGGAGGAGAGGAAGUUGUUUGUGGAGGAUUGUGAGAAGAGGAUGCAGGAAGAGAGUUUCAAUUUCUGUGAGCAUUGA